AGCCCUCUGUCCUCUGGGAUAACACCUUAGUCCCCUGUCUUCUGGGAUUCUGUACCGCGGUGCUCCCGAGCUGCAGGAGCCUUCUGUGGGGUCAGCCCCCGUCUGAACAAGGGCUCCUGGACUUGCUGUAAUAGCAGCCCCAAGUUCAUUCGUUCCCACGUGCCCUGGAGGGGUGCUGGUCUCUGUGGUGCCCGCUGGUUUUUCUAGCGAUCUCUUUCGUUUCAUGGUUUGCAGGGGCGGUCCUUGGUGCCCUGCCGCGAUGCCGAAGUGGGGCCGUCACCGCGUGGCAAACACGGAGGUACCGCGCCUGGGCUUUCCGUGGUGUAGCGCUGCUUUCUGCCCCUGGGUCUGGGCUGGAGGCAACUCGGUUACAGAUUUAAGUGUUUUUUUUAAUGUUGCUGCUCAACAUCACAAGCUGUUUGCAGAAGAGUUUUAGUGAAUUUAGUACAGUGGAAUCCCUAGGUUUAAUGACAAGACCCAGAUUACACAGGUAGAAUUUUCUCCUUUCAGGCCUUGAUAGCUGACAGCUUUUAAAAGAUUUGGUUUGAGAUUGUUGUCACUUGGGUUUUGGCUUUGAAAGGGAUUAUUUUAUAGAUAACUGACUUUAUGGGUGGUCUAUGUAUUUGUAGGAGAGGGAAUUAUUUUUUUUGUGUGGUUCUUUCAGGUAUUAACAACCCUGAAAAAUACGUACCUGCCAUUUUCCACACUGUCUCAAAACAAGCUGCUGAGAAACCAGAUGUGAAUCAGAUAGUUUUUAUUAUUCUGUUCAAAUUUAUAUGCAAGCAUUCUUUUUCCUUACUGAAGCUGAGGCAGGAAUCAGAUUUCUUAAGAAGCACAUGCAAGGUGGUUUUGUCAGCAUAUAAAGGAGAGGUGGGGCUUUAAUAUUCUUGUUUUGGUGGUUAUUUAUGUGAAGACUGCGUUCUAAGGAAGAAAAUCUGUAAGUGAUGUAGAUAUAGCAUCUGAAGAUAUUGGAGAGGGAGGAGACUUGAGGAUCCUAAAGCUGCCUCUGAUAUUGCAGACAUUUAUCACAGUAAUAAUGUGUUGCAGUAGUUACCCUUAGUUUGGGAAGUCUGUUUGGCAGUGCUUGGGUCCUCUUUUAUUUCUAUUUCUCUGAGCUUGUGUGGGGACGGGAAUGGAGCAUGAAAUGCAAAGCUCAAAUGAGUUAUAUUGUGCCUUGAACUUGUAAAUGUGCACUCUGCCCUGAGGAAGCAAAACCACUGAAGUCAGUUGAGAAGAAGUGGUCCUGGAAGAUCUGGUGUAUUUAGAGGAAUAAAUUCAAAUAGAUUUCCAGAUCUUGCUGCUUUAUUUAAAGGGCCAUUUGUGACUUUUACAAGGUGUUGGUAAACAUCCUGUUAUACUGAACCAGAAUUUAGUUUCACACUUGGCUCUAAACAAGCAAAACUGUUGGUCUGUGCUAGGACUGAAUAGAUGUGGUUUGUUGGUGGUUGGGUACAGAGAACAAAUGCGAGAUUUCCUCACUUCCAGAACUGUUUGUACCUCCUGAGCAACACUAACCACAGCGUGUGCUGGCAAUAAUAUGUGCCAUGUCCUGUGCUGUGAUUCCAUUUCAAAUAAACUUUAUGUCCUGGGGCUAAUCUUUGGGUUUUUUUCCUGUGUAUUAUGUACAGGUUCUCCUGUUCUCCUUUUUGAUGAUGCUGUGGGAGUUGCCCCACUGAAGUCAGGAGGAGCAGUAGAAGGCUGAGUUGAUAUUCGGUGUCAGUGUUUUGUGUCCUCCGUACACAAACCUUCAGGCCCUUUGUGCCCCAAGGCCUGGGGGUGUCCAGGGGGCAGGGGCACAGCUGUGGGCACUGCUGCAGUUUGGAUCAAAGCCCUUGUUUGUUUGGCCUCAGCAGCUCUGAAUGGCCACUGGGUCCUUCACUGAUUCACACAUACCUGUCCCAGCCUUGGUCACACCCUGGGGAUCUGUUCUGUUGCACAGACUGUCCUACAAAGUCACUGCAUCUAGAAUUGUGUACCUACUGAAGGCAUCUGUUUUAAGUAUUAGUUUAAACAAUCAGCAAUAUUUAAUGACAUGAAGCAUCUUGGAUUACAAAGCUCCUGCAAGGAUGGGAAAAGUAUAAACAGAGCUCCUGAGACUCCGGAGGAAAUGCUUCAGCACAUGGUUAGUAUUACACCUGGGAAGUAAUCUUCUGAAAUAACAGAUCAUGGAAGACACCAGUUGUGUCUGUAGUCUUUGCUGGGCUGAGGCCUUGGUCACUAAUCAUAGUUCAAAAUUGAAGGUGUUUCACUUCAGUGUAAAAUGAGUUUUACAAGGAACAUGUUUGCAGGCAGUACAGACCUUCAACACACAAUUUGAAAGUAAUUUAGCAUGAGGAAGAGUCCCUAUUUAAUUUGAUAAUAGUAUAAUGCCUUUGGAUAGUUUAUUUUUUUGUCAGAUACAUGACUGAUACACAGGAGCUGUUUGGUUUUGAGGAGUGGUGUGUAUGUACCUGAGGAAGCCGUGGAGAGUCGAUUGCCCCAUUUUUGUUGAGGUGACUGACAGACUUUGGCAAGUGGCCGCACAGGUACUGGCGUGAGCGGAAUCUCGGCCGGGAUUCGGUCAGUGCCCAGAACUCUGGUCUGGGCGGGAUCCUCAGUUUAGCGUUGAAGUGACUCUGGCAACUACAAAUCCCAGGGAGCAUUGCUGGGAGCAGGGUUGUGCAGGAGGGUUGGCAUCCUGCAGGGACCAAUGGCAGCCGACAACUCCUGCGAUCCCUGCGUGUCAGCUGCCAGCGCUCCAAAGCGCCGGAGAGAGCUGGAGAGCGGCGUGGGAGCUGCCUGUUGCCCUGGGCUGAUUUAAAGUCCUGUGUGAGCUCUGAAUUGAUAUUGUGUUCUACAACCUCUGUGCCGGCUGGAAAAAGCCCGCGGGAGUAGUGCCGAUGGAUGCGAUUCUGAACUGCAGCGCGGAGGAUUUGGAGGAUUACUACAACUUGCUGGGAUGCGACGAGCUCUCGACGGUUGAACAAAUUCUUGCAGAAUAUAAGAUUAAAGCCCUUGAAUGUCAUCCUGACAAGCAUCCUGGAAAUCCCAAAGCAGUGGAGAGUUUCCAGAAGCUGCAGCAAGCUAAGGAGAUUCUCACUAACGAAGAGAGCCGGGCGCGCUACGAUUACUGGCGGCGAAGCCACAUCACCAUCCCCUUCCAGCAGUGGGAGGCCCUGAGCAGCUCGGUGAAAACGGUUGGUGCUAAGUUGGGCCUUCAGGAGGAAGGGAGGUCAAUGCACUGGGCUGUCCAAAGUAAGAAGGACCAAAUGCUGGAGGCUCCUGACUUCAGUAAUACCAACAUAACUAAUGAGAUUUGGACCCAACAGACGGAAAACAAUGAAGAUGGAUUGUUGGGAGGGAACAGAGAGCAAGAUGAUGUUGCAAUUCCUGAUGUGAAACCACAGUCUUCGAAGAAUCCAGACUCCCCAAGAUUUUCAGAGGGAAAUUACUGGCACUUGCGUUUCCGCUGGUCAGGUGAUGCCCCAUCAGACCUCCUGAGGAAAUUCAGAAACUAUGAGAUCUAAAAUGCAAAAUAUACCAGAGCAUGAGAUCACGUGUUCGACAGUGCAGUAUUUUUUUUUGUCAGCAGUUAUAAGUUAUUUGUGUUUUGUAUUCACUCAUUGUAACGUGAACGUUGUUCCAGUCAAUGUCUAAAUACUGAUUUAACACACGUGCUGUGAGCAUUGCAGGUGGAGGUCUUUUUGUUUAACAAGAAAAGCCUUUUCAGUAUUAACAUGAAAUGAUUUUGUGACGUUA